AUGUCCGCUUCAUCCACCAACUCUGCACCCGUCGCUAUCCCCAUCUCUUCGGCAGCACUGGACCAGUUGCUGGUAGCAGCAGUCGCUGCACGCAAAAAGGCCUACAGUCCUUACUCGAAGGUGAGAUGAGAAGCAAGCGGAGAUGGAUGCAGGCAAAUACAAGUUGCAUGCAUGCAUGCAUGGGUGUGAGGUGUUCGGAAGCGAGUUAGUGAGAUUGCUCGAACCUGUUGAGCAUCACAGCCUCGACUUGGAUUGCGUUGAAUCGCAGCGCAAACACUCAUGACUGCUGAUAAGCUGCUUGCUUGCCUUUGUGGUAUACGGUAUCGCAGUUCCGCGUCGGCGCAGCGUUGCUUCUGCAGGACGGCACCAUUGUCGACGGAGCCAACGUGGAGAAUGCCAGCUACGGUGAGCGCAGUGAAGAGUGCCACGUGCACGUAUUCUCCUGCUCCACACCCGUACUCUGGACACGUAUACCACUGACACACCUUCGCUCACUCUUUGCGCGCUGAAGGUGCCGGAAUUUGUGCCGAGAGGACGGCGCUCAGCACUUGGCGAGUGGCCUCUCGCGCGCCUAGUCCAGUAGUGGCCAUAGCCGUAUCAUCCGACUUGCACACUCCCUGCCCACCAUGCGGGAUCUGUCGGCAGUUCAUUCGGGAACACUGUUCGGAACAAGUGCCCAUCUACAUGCCCUUUGCGCCUCCCAAAAAACAGAUCGAAAAGACGGUAGAGGGAGUUGCGGAGGCGGAGAAGCGGUCGGGUGAAGAGGCCCACCAGGAACCGGGAAGAGAGUGGACGCCUGCACUGGGCCAUGGGGAGGACACGGUCAAGGUGAUGACCCUCGAACAGCUCUUGCCCCUCAGCUUUGGUAAGUCGUGGGGAAAGGGAGCAUGUCUGGCGGAAUCUAGCCGUUGCUUGCAUAUUUCGAAAGUCGCUUCUCGAUGCGUUCAAUCAUACCUACAAUAAUACUAGAGCUGACUAUAUUGUCCCACUACUCCUCGCCUUUUGCUUUUGGUUUGCAUUCGUCAGGUCCAGAGAGCCUUCAGAGACCAGCUGUGGUUUAG